UGAUUACCUGGCCAAUGUUCAACCAAGAAAUUAAGUGUACUUUAAAACCGACAAGAGAUUGAUCAGUUGAUAUGAAACUGAGUAAAUGUGUCAGCAUUUUAGUGAUCUACUCCUAUGUCUUAUUAGGUGUAGUACAGUCAGAUCUGGCUCUUAGCCUUGAACCAACCACAUUGUCAUCACUGGAAUCUCUGUCUUUAGACAAAUCACCAGGGGAAGUAACUGCUGCUCAAUAUGUCCCUCUUCUAUACCCGUCCAGUGAUCAGUCUCAGAUAGACCCAUCUGUCAUACAACCAUCUUUUACAGAGUCAUUUAGUGGAACAGAGAAUAUCAAUCAAGCAACAUUAAACAGAAGUAUUUACCCCUCCCGAACCAAAAAUGCUGCUCAAGACCCUUAUCAAACCACUGGGGAGGAUUAUGAUUUAACUAAACUUCUUGGAUCCUCAAAAACCGCUCAUCAAAAGACAUCUGCCAUUGAAAUCAGUUCAAGUUCACCAAUAUCGCUCACAUUACAACCUCAUGUUUCAUUGUCUCAAGACCCUGUCUCAUCUAAAACCUCUGCUCAAGGCACAGAACCAUUGCAUUCCGUAGAAUGGACUUUGUAUGACACUAUGCUCAAAACUCAGGACUCUCAUGAAAUUCAGAGCCAACUUGCAGCCAUGACUAUUACCAGCUCAGUAUUUAGUUCUACUAGUACCUCUGUGAUGAAUACAACAAAAACCAGCAAGGGAAACAAUUCAUGUAUACCAAGGCCAUGUCCAUUGUCAACAGAUAUAUGUACACCACUAAAAGGAGGAAAGUUCCACUGCUCGUGCAGACAAGUUUAUGGAAGAAGAUGAAUACAGCCCAUUUAUUGUGGAAAACAGAUCUCAUAAACAGUGAAAAUAGACAAUGUUCUUUAAGAAAAAACAACUUAACAAGAUUUACAAAAGACGGGUGCUACACAAAUUUCAUACCAACGGAAAUUGAUAGAAUGUUAUCAGUUGAUAUGUGGUAUUUUUAUCUAUUCCUUUUCAGUGUUGAACAAUUGUCUUGUUGUUAAAGUCACCGUUAAGAUACGGAAAUUUAAUUUACUUGUUUUAGAGAAAAUACUGUUAUUGUGUAGCUAUAGUUUGACUUUAAAGCUGUAGGUAUUAGCAUCGCACAGUUAUUGAUAUAUUUAAGGAAUAAGGAAUCAGAAAUCAUUCUUUGAGUUGUAUUAGGUGAUCAAAUACGGGUGUGAUCAUAUCCAAUAACGCCGGAAGGGCUUUUAUAAUUAUGAUAAAUUUGAUCACGCCCAACGUAUAUGGUCACGUCAUGUCAUUCAAAAACUGAUUCCCUAUUACAUGUACUUAUAUUUAUAUAAUUUUCAGGUAUUGUUCAAAUAUUAAAUAAUUGACAUAUUUAUGGUAAUUUUAUUUCGUAUUAUUAUGCAAAUCAGGCGUGCGCUUCAGAACUCUUGGACUAUACGUUACAGAAUCGAUUUGCAGUGUUAUCGCUAAGACUAAGAUGCUGAAAAAUGUAAAUACUCCAAAAGAAAAGGUUAUAAAUAUUUACAAACCACACAUUGGAUAUUUUGCUGUAAAGGUUUAUUUUUAAUCUGUGUUGUAAUUUUCACCCAAUCACACUAACAAUGUUUCUAAAGGACAAGAAACAUGAAUGUAUAUCAAUUUUGAUUAAAUAAUAAAAUUUAUCAUAG